CGCGGCUACGCAGCACCGAGCGAUUGCACCUUGGAGCCACAAGCUGGGCGAGUGCGACACCAAAGCAUUCAUGUGUUGCCUAGCCGGCGCAUAGAGCACCACGGCCCCGCUGAGCUGGCGACACGACACCGCGAACCACACGAACCCCCCGAGCACCCCAUUCUUAGCGCACCGUCGCCAUGCCUUCGAUCCUGUCCGACGAGGACAAGCUAACGGUCAAGCGCACCGUCCCCAAGUCGGCGAACAAGAUCCAUUCUGUCGCCGUUGCCAAGCUGUACGUUGCGUACCCCGACCGCCUCAACUGGACAUACACAGGCCUGCAGGGCGCUGCAGUGCUGGCAAACGACCUGGUUGGCAACACAUUCUGGAUCAAGCUGGUCGAUAUAUCAUCUGCCAACCGCGGCGUCAUCUGGGACCAGGAGAUAUACGACACCUUCUCCUACAACCAAGACCGCGUCUUCUUCCACACUUUCGAGCUCGAGGACUGCUGGGCCGGCUUCUCUUUUGCGGACGAGAAGGAGGCCAAGACAUUCAAGAAGAAGGUGGACGACCGCGAAAAGAACGCCCACAAGAACACAAAGAACAAGCCGUUUGGCGCCGCAGCAGGGAACAGUCGGCCGCCCGCCAAUGGAGCAAAUGGAAAGAGUCAUGGACACGGCCUUUUGGGAGGAUUGUUCGGCCAUAGGCAUGCUUCGAACGCGGCGCCGCCGCCACAGUCUAUCAUCCCUCCGCCAGCCAUGAGCGUGGUAUCGCCCUCGCAGAGCAGCCACUCCAAUGCCACAAGCGCACGAAGCUCUGCAAUUGACACCAGCGACCCCUCGUGGCAGCCGCUGCUGAAGGAGCUCCUGGCAAUGGGCAUUACAGAAGACCAGAUUGAGGAGAACGCAGACUUCAUCAAGCUGUACAUUGAGCAGAAGAAGCACGAUGAGCGCGCGCAGGCUGAGAACGAGGCAAGAAGAGCGAGAGCGCCUCCACCGCCUCCACCGAGUGCACCGCCGACAGCGCGAACGAUCAGCCCUCAGACUACUGGCGGUUCCAGGCGCGGUCCUCCUCCAGCACCGCCGCCAGCUCGGAGAACGAAAACCGAAUUGCCUACCCGCACCUCGUCGUCGAGUCCUGCGCCGCCGUCUCCUCCAAGAGAACCCUCUCCGCCCCCGGGUCCUGCGAGGCCUGUCUUCAGGGCACCCCCUCCACUUGCAGACGCCGGCAAGUUCGCGAACAUACCUCCUCCACCGCCAAAUCGCGCACGGGCACAAUCUGGUGCUGCAUCUGGACCUCCACCUCCUCCUCUGCCGCCGAAGACGCCAGCGCCAGCCGACGACCAACCUGCUGGAGGCAAAUUUGGCGUUCCACCUCCGUUUGCAGGCAACCGCGUGCCUCCAGGGGCACCUCCACCACCACCAAGUCGCGGACCUGUUCCACCUCCCCCACCGGCGCGAAACACACCUUCAGCACCUCCUCCAUUGCCGCCGAAGACGCCAGGAACAUCACUUCCACCUCCGCCUCCUCCAAUGAACAAUGCGCCGCCAGCACCUCCCCCACUACCACCAACAGCAUCUCGUCCUGUGCCGCCUGCACCUGCUGUCUCAGCGCCAGUGCCUCCUCCGCUCCCACCCAUGUCUUCAAUCCCGCCACCUCCUCCCAUGUCCUCCAUCCCGCCUCCACCGCCAAUGUCUUCGAUCCCACCGCCACCGCCAAUGCCAGGAAGGUCAAUUCCACCACCGCCACCUAUGCCAAACAGCGGUGCUCCUCCUCCACCACCGCCGAUGCCUCCAGGCUCUGGACCCCCUCCGCCACCCCCAAUGCCGUCAAGAGACGCUGGCGCUCCACCCCCACCCCCCGGUCCACCGCCUCCUCCCGGCCCACCACCUCCUCCUGGUCCGCCACCUCCGCCUGGUGGUGCACCACCCCUCCCCAAAGCAGCAGCAGCUGGUCGCGAUGGCCUUCUUGCAGAUAUUCGUGGUGGCGCGAGGCUGAAGAAGGUUUCCGACACGGAGAAGAAAGACCGCAGUGCAGCAGCCGUGCCUGGAUCGGAGCCUGCCUCAACACCUGGAGCUGGUCCUGCAACCCCUGGAGGUGGAGAUGCUGGAUUAGCUGGAGCACUGGCUAGCGCGCUUGCAGCGAGGAAGGCUAAAGUCAGUCAUAGUGGUAAGUACAAGUAUCUGCUCUUCAAUUUGCUAUCACACUGACGCAUUCACAGACGAUGAGUCCGACAAGGACGAUUGGUAGACAAUCAUUCUGAAGGUCUGAAGAACGAGAGACGACACUACCAACGUCAAUGCUUCCGAGAAUACGUUGUGCAUCAGGGCUUCUACAGCGCCGCUGUGUGUUGCAGCUACGGACAAGCUAUCUACGACAUUGCGAACAAGCAGACGGGGUGACAUCUAAAGCGUGGACAGAAUCGAAGGAGAAGUAGAGCUGCACAAAGCGCUCAAGGAAGAAGCGCUCAAACUACUAUUACAUAAUCACAGUUUCUACACCUCUACAUCUUUUCAACGUGUCUAUCCGGGCUAAAGAUACUAU